CAGAGCAGAACCACAGUAGAACCAGAGGAGAACCAGAGCAGAACCACAGUAGAACCAGAGGAGAACCAGAGCAGAACCAGAUCUCCAGAGGUGUCAUCUCGUCCUACAGCUGUUUCUCAGGAUGAGUGACGUCCGCUUGGCUGCAGCUUCCUCCAUCGUCUCCAAGGUAACAGGAUGCAGUUCCCACGGAUACGAGCCUCCAGCCUUCGUCUUGCCUCCUCGGAACGUCCGGGUUCUUCUGGGAGGAGACGCCCGUCUGGAGGGGAAGGUACGAGGUCAUCCUGAGCCACAGGUCACAUGGUACAGAGGAGGGAGGGCUGUGAUUGGUGGAGAGCACUGCCUGGUAGAACAAGGUGGGCGGGGCACUUUCAGCCUGGUGGUGGGCGGAGUCACAGAGGAGGACGUGGGCAGGUACACCUGUCAGGCAACCAAUCAGGCGGGUAGACGUCAGGUUACUGUGGAGAUCCUUCUGGAUGAGACUUCUGGGAACAGAUUCCUCCCGCCAUCCUGCAUGAGAACAGGACCGAGCAUCUGGAGCCAGAGUCCACCGAGGUUCAUCACCAAACCCAGCCGAGUGGUGGCCAAACUGGGACAGAGCGGGAAGUUCACCACCAAAACCACAGGACGCCCCCAGCCCCGGGUCACAUGGUACAAGGAGGAGGAGGAGCUUCAGCCAGGUGGGCGGGUCAGCAUCUAUGAGCGUUCCGGCCUCCACUUCCUGGAGAUACAGGAAGUGUGCGCAGAUGACACAGGAAGUUACAGGUGUUCAGUCACCAACGGCGCCGGAUCAGCGACCGCCACCGCCGAGCUCAGCAUCCAGGGUGGUCCUGACUCUGCAUCCUCCAGGUCUGUGGACCCUCCUGAGGACCCUCAGACCAGAACCAGGAGCCCAGCAGUAGACAGAGCAGCUCCCAGUGCUCCCAGUACUCCCAGACCUCCAGUACAGCUCCCCCUGCUGGCUGAGAGCAGAACUGCAGCUGCUCAGGUGCAACCAGUCGGUCCUGAUCCAGUUCAGACCGGUUCAGUCCAACAGCAGGUGUCUGGUUCAGGCAGUAGCAGGGCCUUGAGGAGGUCCACACCGAGGUCCAUCCUGUGGUUCAAGGCCGUUCCUCUGGACCAGGAGACCACAGAGGGGACCCAGGUCACCUUCACCUGCCAAGUGUCCUCUGAUGCUGUUGCCGUGGUUACCUGGCUGAGGGGCAGGGACCAGGUGAGGACAGGGCAGCAGAGACGGGACGGCAGCCGUCUUACUCUCACCAUGGAGAGAGUGAGACAGGUAGAUGAGGGGACCUACAGGUGUGAGCUGACCACCACUGAUGGACUGACCAUUACCUCGUCAACGUGGAGGCUCCGAGUCCACAGCCGACAGCAGGUCAGGCGGUCGGAGGUCAGAACUUUGUGUGAAGCUCCUCGAUUCAUCAGCUGCCUCACAGACCUGAAGGUGAUGGACGGCAGCAGAGUUGCCAUGACGGUGGAGCUCAGCGGUCACCCUCCUCCAGAUGUGAUGUGGCUUCAUGAUGGGCAGGAGGUGAAGGAGUCGGAGGACUUCCAGUUGCUGAGGGAGGAGACCCGCUGCACUCUGCUGAUCCAGGAGGUUUUCCCCGAGGACACUGGUACCUACAGCUGCCGGGCCUGGAACCGCUACGGGGAGGACCAGACCAAGGCCCGGCUCACUGUGGAGGAGGCUCAGGAUGGCGUCCAGCCCUGGUUCAUCACCAAACCCAAAGCUGUGAGCGCCAUCGUGGGUCAACACGUCCUCCUGUCCUGCGCCAUCGCCGGAGACCCGUUUCCUCAGUACACCUGGACCAGAAUGGACCGGAGCCCACCCCUGACCUCCGGAGAAGACUUUGAGCUGCUGCAGAAGGAAGAUGUGGUCUCUCUGCUGAUCAGACGGGUGAAGCAGUACCACGCUGGAGAAUACCUGAUCAGCCUGAGGAACAGUGUUGGAAGAUGCAGCGCUGUGGCCCAUCUGGCUGUCUCUGCAGCACACAGCCCUACGGGAGGAGGAGAGGAGCACUCAGCCACCAGCAGAUCUGUAGGUCAGCAGGAGGCCCACCAGGAUCCCUGUGAGGAGAAGGAGGACCAGGACUCUGCUGCUCCCCGAGGCCUCCUGAGACGCUGCGUGGAAACCAUAGAGCGAGGCGAGGAGGAGCUGCGACAGAGGGAGGCGCAGCAGCUGGACUUCCGCUCGCUGCUGGGACGCCGAGCUUGUCAGAACCUCCAGCAGGCAGAGGAGCAGCAGCUCAUGGAUUUUAAGGCCAACUUGAAGGGGGUGAAGCCCAAGGCGGAGGAGAAGACCAGCUCCUCGCAGCAGGUCGACUUCCGCAGCGUGUUGGGGAAGAAGGGCGCCGCCGGCAGCAACGGCAACAAGCCGGCCGAGACGCCUGGGAAGAACGCUGCUGACUUCCGCUCCGUCCUCACCAACAAGAAGAAGCCCGGCGGCCCGGAGAAGAACGGCGAGAAGGUGAACAACAACUGCGUGGAUGGAGGAAUUAAUGAGAAGAAGAACGCCGCGGGAGGAGGGCCGGCGCCGGAGUUCAUGGAGAAGCUGAGCGAUGUGACGGUGCUGGACGGACAGCGGCUGCAGCUGCAGUGUCGCCUCGCCAACGCAGACGCCAACGUCUCCUGGACGCUGGACGGGAAGAUCAUCAAGCCCUCCAAGUUCAUCGUGCUCGCCAGCGAAGGCGGCCUGUGUUCUCUGACCAUCGAUAAAGCUCUACCUGAGGAUGAAGGCCAGUACAAAUGCAGAGCUGAGAACUCAUCAGGAAGAGCUGAGUGUUCCUGUAUGGUUCUAGUAGACGAUCCAGCAGAAAACUCUCCGGCAGACAAAAAGUCCAAGAAGGCGACUCCCACCUCAGAGAGUGAAGCCAGAAUAAAGAAGCCCACGGCCAAGACUCCACCCAAACAAGCUCUGCCUCCUCAGAUCCUACAGUUCCCAGAGGACAUGAAGAUCCUGGCGGGAGAGAAGGUGGAGAUCCUCUGCAAGUUCUCUGGAGCUCCACCCAUCAACUGCACCUGGCUGAAGUUCAGGAAACCAAUCCAGGACUCCGCUGAUAUCUCCAUCUCCAGCAGUGACAGCAGCAGUAAACUGACCAUCAGCAGUGGGCAGCAGGAACACUGUGGCUGCUACACCAUAGAGCUGAGGAACAGCUUCGGCCUGAGACAAGCUGCUCUGAACCUCACCAUCGUCGAUAAGCCCGACCCCCCGGCUAAGGUCCCUGCAGCCUCAGACAUCCGGCGGUCCAGCCUGACCCUGUCCUGGUACGGUCCGACCUACGAUGGAGGCAGCGCCGUCCAGUCAUACCAGCUGGAGAUCUGGGACUCUGUGGAGCAGCAGUGGAAACACCUGGUGUCUUGUAACAGCACCUCCUACAACGUACAGAACCUCCUUCCAGAGCGACAGUACAAGUUCAGAAUCCGAGCAGAGAACAUCUACGGAGUCGGAGAACCAAGCGCCGAGUCGGAGCCGGUGACCGUCGGCCUGGUGGACGAUGACGAGAACCAGGAGGAGGUGGAGGAGGAGGAUGACGACUCUGAGAAGGAGCCAGACUACAGAGACGUGACCAUCAGAACAGACAUGAAGGUGAAGGAGCUGUACGACGUGGAGGAGAGGCUGGGAACGGGGAAGUUUGGUCAGGUCUUCAAGCUGGUGGAGAAGGCAACGAAGAAGGUCUGGGCAGGGAAGUUCAUCAAGGCCUACUCAGUCAAGGAGAAGGAGAACGUCCGGCAGGAGAUCGGCAUCAUGAACAGCCUCCACCACCCUAAGCUGGUCCAGUGCAUCGACGCCUUCGAGGGCAAGUCGGACAUCGUCAUGGUCCUGGAGAUGAUCUCAGGUGGAGAACUGUUUGAGCGGAUCAUUGAUGAGGACUUUGAGCUGACGGAGCGGGAGGUGAUCAAAUACAUGCUGCAGAUCAUCGAUGGAGUGAGCUUUAUCCACAAACAGGGCAUCGUCCACCUGGACCUCAAACCAGAGAACAUCAUGUGUGUCAACAAGAACGGCAGCAAGAUCAAACUCAUCGACUUCGGCCUCGCCAGACGACUAGAAAACGCAGGAACUCUGAAGGUUCUGUUUGGAACUCCAGAGUUUGUAGCGCCAGAGGUGAUCAACUAUGAAGCCAUCAGUUACCCCACAGACAUGUGGAGUAUAGGAGUCAUCUGUUAUAUACUGCUGAGUGGUCUGUCUCCUUUCAUGGGAGACAACGAUAACGAGACGCUGUCCAACGUCACCUCGGCUACCUGGGACUUUGAGGAUGAGGCCUUCGAUGAGAUCUCUGAUACGGCCAAAGACUUCAUCACCAACCUACUGAAGAAAGACAUGAAGGCCAGACUCACCUGUGCUCAGUGUUUCGAACACACCUGGCUGAAGCAGGACACCAACACCAUGACGGCCAAGAAGCUCUCCAAGGAGAGGAUGAAGAAGUACAUCCUGAGGAGGAAGUGGCAGAAAACGGGUCACGCUGUUCGGGCCAUCGGCAGACUGUCAUCCAUGGCCAUGAUGGCCGGAGUCAGCGCCAAGAAGGGAUCACCCACCGAAGAGGAUAACCAGUUCCUGGAGUGUCUGGAGUACGAGCAGAAGACGGAGAGCAAACCGACCUUCAGCUCCGUCAUCAAGGACGUGGAGGUGGUGGAGGGCAGCGCUGCUCGUUUCGACUGCAAGAUAGAAGGUUACCCCGACCCAGAGGUGGUCUGGUACAAAGAUGACCAUCCCAUCAAAGAGACCCGACACUUCCAGAUCGACUACGACGAGGAAGGAAACUGCAGUCUGGUCAUUUCAGAGGUUUCAGGUGACGAUGAUGCCAAGUACACGGUGAAGGCGGUGAACAGUCUGGGGGAGGCGACCUGCACCGCUGAGCUGCUGGUGAGGAUGGCUGGAGAGGAAGAGGAGGAGGAGGAGGAGUGAAGCACAGGCUGGACUCCCACAGGAGGAGGAGUUAGCACCUCCACAACCAGCAGGGAUUGGAGGAGCAGGGGAGCGGAGUUUAACACACCUGUUGAGGUGGAGGCUUUCUCCAUGUUUAUCUGAAACAUUAAAGAUCAAUGAAUGAUCCAGAUUCAAAUUAAAUCAUCUUUAUUACGUUAUAUUCUCCUAAAUCAGUCAGCCUCAUUUACACCAAGAAGUCAGUCUGUAGUUUACCUGUGUUUAACUCCGCUCCCCCAACACCUGGACAACAGAAGCUCCGCCCUCCAGGUGAGCUUCCGUGGGUUUCAUCUUAGACUUUCCAUCAUUGAUCUCUGUAAGAGAAACAGGAUAUCUGAGAUCUUCUGUCCAUUAGAAGAUCUUCUGUCCAUUAAAAGAUCUUCUGUCCGGUAGAAGAUUUUUCACUGAGUAGUUCCACCUCCAGAGUUUAGCUUUGAACAUGAUGAACCUUAGAACAUCUCAGUGUUUCUGCUCAGAGAACAUGAGGAAAAGUCUGAAUGAAGGUUUUCAGCUGCAGGUCCCAGAAUCUUUCCCCAGAGGAUCAUGGGAGCUGUAGUUCAGUAACAGUAGAUGAGGACAACCUCCUUGGAACGGAGGAACGCUGAUGGAUGGAGGAGAACGUCUAGAGGAACCAGAACUUUGUGCUGAAGUUGACCUACUUCCUGUGGGAGUCUCUGAGGAAGACGAUAGUACGAGGAUGACGGUGGAGCUGAGCAGAGCCAUAUAUUCAUAGAGUUCAGUCAACGUGACCCAUGAGGUAGCUAGUCAAUGUGGACCUCACACAGCUAGUUAGCUUAGUGGCUGUUAUUAGCAUGCCAGCAGGCUGAGGAGUGUAGGAACGAGACAUUUGGUUCAUCUGAAAACAUUCAGUCAAUUUGAUCAUCUAAAUAUGUUUUACCAGCAGAAAUUGAUCCGUUAGCUGCAGCGCUAAAGAUACUGUAAACUAGCUACAUGCUAACACUAGCACUUUAUAAACUCAGCUGUUCAAAAUGUAACUUUUAACUCAGUAACUAAUCUGUAUAAAUGGAUUAAACAGUUGCUUUUACACUACAGCUCACUUGUGCUAGCAAACAUUUGGUAACUUAGCCUGGCUAGUACUAGCUUACAAGCUAUCAAUUACUACCUGAGCUAAUGAGUCGUUUAAAGCAGCUUUGGAUCUUCUGAAUACAGUUUGGAACAAAACUCUAGUCAGCUGAAGCUAACAUCACACAAACUGCUACUGCAGAAUUGUAUUUUAGCUAGCAUCAUUUUAGCUAAUGUUGGCUAAUGAGCAGCAGAGUUUUGGGCUGUAGGAGAGAACAGCUAACAAGCUAACAGCUAACAAGCUGGUCUCUCUUACAGCCCAAACCUCUGCUGCUCAUUAGCCAACACUAGCUAGCUAAUUCCAGUUAUUAAGUUUAUUCAGUAAACAGUUAAGUCCUUCAAAUGUCAAUGAAUCACCUGAACCCAAACAUAGUUUGCCAACAUCCGUGAUAUAAUCUGUCUGCCCUGUGUGAAGAUGUCAGGAACGUUCUUCACUUUAGUCCUGACUUCUCCAAACUAAAACUCAGAAUCUCUGAAGCCACAGCAGAGUUUUACUCAACAAGGAUUCAACCUGCAGAGAACCUGGUCUAUAAACUACAAAGAAACAGCUUUUAUACAGACACAGGAACAAGUCACAGCACUGUUAUCAGUUUAUUAUCAUUUAUUAUCAUUUAUUAUGAACCAACCAGUUCUAUUUCAUGGAAACUUACUGAGUUCACACAGUCCUACAGGAGUAGGAGGAGCAUUUCAUCACAACACUGUGAUUAUUUGUAACAGAGAAUGACAUCUGUCUAUUUGUAGAACAUCUCACCGUUUAAAUGUUUCAUAACUCCAGAUUAUAAGGGAAGAGUCUCCACAGUUACAGACAGAAUGCCAGAUAAGAAGCAUGCUCUUCAAUAGUUAUUGUCAUUAUUUUUUAUUAAUAUUAUUAUGAUUAUUAUUAUGGUAUCCUCUAGAACCCGUACAGUCGUUUAGUGGAGUCCAACAGGAAUGUGUGCAUGAAGAAUCAUCCCAUAAUAAUCCCUGAACCAGUGAACACGUCUGGACUGCACUUCCUGUUACUGACCACCAGAUGUCCUCCAGUAUGAACCAUGUUCAGAAUAAAUCCUCCAUCAGCUUCACUAAUAAGCUAACAGUAGCCGCUAACAGCAGCUAGCCGGUCACGUUGAAUCCUGUUGGUGUGUCGCUGUGAUGUCAGACCCCCUCAGAGGGAUUGUGGGUAAUGAAGUGCCUUCUUCUCUGUGAAUAUGCGGCUCAGACGACCUGAAGAUGAUGAGAACCUUUUCUGUUUGAGCACUUUUCUUUCUUUUUCACUCCGAACCUGAACAUCACUCGGCCUUAAACUUUAUUAAACUUUAAUCUUUUAAUGUCGGCACGCUGAGGGACGUUAGCCUUAAACUCCGCAGCAGAUCAAACAUUCUGUCCCGGAGUCUUUAUUCUGACUGUAGUGAAUGCAUUAAACUCACAUCUCUGACAGGAAAACAAACGUCUGAUGGUCACAUGUUCUAAAACGGAACACCGUGUCCUGAUUUAUAGAACUGUGCCUUGAAUUCAGAGAUGAUGCCUUUAAAGUACGCUUCGAAAGCUUUGUGUUCUGAUUUACUUUUUUAUUUAAUAAAGUCAUAAAUGAAAGAAUCUGCAGAUAAUAAAGUCACAUGAACUCCACAGGAAGCCUUUGGGUUCUGCUGCUGGUUCUAACCAGACGCUCAGAGAACAGUUUGAUCGUCCCUCAGUGUGUCCAGAUGUUUGGUUUUCACAUUCCAGCUGUGUUUGGUUUGAUUUAAAGGAGCGUUUUAACCUCACCGUGUGUUUGUGUGAUUGAUGUUUCCUGUUUAUUUAAAGCACAGACUCAGUAUCCCGUUGUUCACAGCUAUAAGCCGUCACUUUGUGUUCUGAUAGAGGAUGUUCCUGUUGUUUUAUGUAUCAGUUUGAUGAACUUCAUGUACGAGACACAAGACUGAAGUUACACAGAAACUAAUAAAUUUAUAUCACAAACA